GUGGAACGUUUCAAUCGUACCCUCCUUGCCAUGCUGCGAACCCUACCGGAAACGCAAAAAUCACACUGGAAAGACCACCUCCAGAAAAUGGUUCACGCCUAUAAUUGCACGCGUCACGAGUCAACUGGAUUCUCGCCAUUUUAUCUCUUAUUUGGCAGACAUCCUCGUCUACCUAUUGAUAUGAUCCUAAACCUGGAGAGCGAGUCAACUGAGUCACCGAAUUAUAGAGAGUAUGUUAACAACUGGAGCGAAGCGAUGUCGGAAGCGUACAAGAUUGCAAACGAAAAGAGUUCACAAAAUAGAGCGAAAGGGAAAAAGCUAUACGACCGCCGCAUCCGUAGUUCGGAGUUACGACCGGGGGAUAGAGUUCUUGUACGAAAUCUGAGUAAGCGAGAUAAACCUUGCAAGCUGCGAAGUCAUUGGGAAGACAAGAUACAUGUCGUGGUCACUAGGAGAGGGGAAGAUAGCCCAGUCUAUACAGUUAAACCCGAAAGUUCUGAUGGCCCGAGUAGAACUCUUCAUCGUAAUAUGCUGUUACCGUGUAGUUCACUUCCCGUGGAACCGCUGUUGAACCAAAAAACGCCUCGUCGUCAAAGAGAAAAUACAGUUCCUCCCAGCACAAGAUCUACUAGUCAACCGGAAUCAGAUGAAGACGAAUUAGAUGGGUUAACAUUUGUACCGUUGGCGAAUGAUCAGAGGAGUGGGGCGGACGUAACCGAUGCCGUGACACCAGCUCAAGACGGCGAGCACGGACAUGAUGAGAUAGACAACUCAGAGUUACCAGCGGUCGAGAACCCAGAUGUAUUGGCCCUUGAUGAACAACAACCAACCAUUCCACCGCCAGCAACGGAAAAUGUGUCUAUUCCACCACCACCUAUGGAAAAUACCAGACCUAGCAGAAACAGAAACCCACCACCAAGACUAAAUUAUUGGACACCAGGUAACCCAGUCACAGGCAUUUCAUACCCUGGUAGUAUGAACACUAUUUUCGGUUUUGUAGGGCCUAGUCAACCAGGAGUGAUGCCUUUCCCACCAAUGAAUUCCAUUCCUUAUAUGUGGCAGCCAACCCCCCUACCUUAUAAUCCCUUCGCAUACCUCGGACCUCAUUGUCCGUACUGUGGAACAAUGUUCUUUAAUUAGAUAAGUACGUUAACGUUGUAUUGAACUGAAGAUCGUGAUCUUCGAAAGAAACUUUAAGUGCAUGUUAGUUUUGAAAUUUGAAACGAUGUUUUUGAAAACAUACGAUAGUGGAACGAGUAAUAAGAAACGAACUGACUCUUGCCCGAAAUGACUGCAGCAUCUCGUGUUGGAUAAGUUUGUGAGAUUUGUAAUUGUUGGAGAUUUCAUGAUUCAUUGAAUCAAUGUCGUGUUUGACAUUUCUUUCCAGGGGGAAAGUGUAGGGCCCCUGCCCUUAGUUGUAUGAUUACGCAAGAAUCACGCGUGGGACACUCGCGGGACAAUAUAUAGAUUAACAGUUGCUUCGAGCACAUGUAAAACGAGAG